GGAACACGUACGGCACGAAGGCGACAAGCCACGCCGCCAGGAGAGACGCAUUAGGCGGAAUCGCGGAGCUCCGGCUACGUGCAGAGCUGCACGAGAAGUCGAGGAACCUGCUGGGCAGUAGUUCACCUGUCGUUCGUUAUUCGUGAGCGUUGGGAAGAUGACAUCUUUCGUCGCGUGCGCCUUAAGCGGGACGUUACGGUCCGGCGCGAGGAUGUGCAGCGCCUCCAGCCUGAGGCUCGUGGGUCUGGGCUCUUCGGCGACGCGUAACUUUACGGCACGAGGCAGAUGGUCUUCCCGAGUUACGGGACUGAGGCACGUGCCUCCCGGUUCGGCGGGGGGGGUUGCGAGCGGGCGCGUUAGAAAGGGGGUGUUCGUGGCGACCGGGGCGGCGGUCCUGCUUGGUGCUGCGGUAGCGGGCGUGAGUCAUUUCCAGCGCGCUGAGAUGGCCACGAGGGUCUCCGGGGUCGACAUGGAGCAGGGCGACAUCGCCGAACGCUGCAAGUCGUUCAUGUCUCCGCCAGUCACCGACAUCGAGGUCCUGCAGCGGAAGAGCGGCGAUGUGAGCGCGAGGAUGGAGAUGCUGAUCAUGGAGACGCAGGCUGAGUUCUGUAAAGCGCUCGAGGAAGUGGACGGUGGCACGUUCAGAGUGGACCGGUGGAACCGUGAAGAAGGUGGUGGUGGGAUCAGCUGUGUGAUGCAGGACGGUAAGGUGUUUGAGAAGGCAGGUGUGAACGUGUCAGUGGUGUCUGGCUACCUGACGGAGGAGGCCGCCAGACAGAUGCGCAGCCGUGGAAAGAACCUCAAGGGGAAAGAUGGGAAGCUGCCAUUCAUUGCCAUGGGCGUCAGCUCCGUCAUCCACCCCAAAAACCCCCACAUUCCCACAGUGCACUUCAACUACAGAUACUUUGAGAUCGAAGAGGAAGAUGGCUCUAAGCAGUGGUGGUUCGGUGGGGGCACUGACCUCACGCCUGUUUACAUUAACGAAGAAGACGCUGUCCACUUCCACAGCGUCCUGCGAGAGGCAUGCGACAAACACCACCCCCGGUUUUACCCCGCCUUCAAGAAGUGGUGUGAUCAGUACUUCUACGUUCGUCACCGCGGGGAGACGCGCGGCAUUGGUGGGAUCUUCUUCGACGACCUGGACUCCCCCAAUCAGGAGGAGGUGUUCCGUUUUGUAAGGAGCUGUGCGAAGACCGUGGUCCCCUGCUACGUGCCCAUCGUCCGAAAGCACCUCAACGACACCUUCACCCAGGAGGAGAAAGACUGGCAACAAAUCAGACGUGGCAGGUAUGUGGAGUUUAACCUGGUCUAUGAUCGGGGUGUGAAGUUUGGCCUCGCAACUCCAGGCUCUAGAAUAGAGAGCAUCCUGAUGUCUCUGCCACUCACAGCUAGGUGGGAGUACAUGCACGAGCCCGCCCCAGGCACCAAAGAAGCGGAGAUGCUUGAAGUUUUACGCAGCCCUAAGGAAUGGAUCUGAGAGGACUCGCCCUUCCAGAGAUGUCUAGCGUCACUCAGCUUCUCUGCAGAGCCUGUCAAGGAGAAAUAAUUCACUAGAACCUUCCACAAGCCAUUUCUGCUGUCUGACAAACAUUUUUUUACCCAUGUGGAAACCACAUGAAGUCCUUUCUCUCAGGGCAGGAAUGUUACUUGCUGACUGUUUUCUCACGUCUCGACGUGACCUCUGGAGUGGAAUUAGUUUGUUUCUCUCAUGCCUUGCUGACAGGAUGCAACGCUCUCAUGCGAUGAUCGUGUUUCUUUACAUUAACACUUUUCUGCUGCUUGUUUCACUGCCAUUUUGAUGUGACCUUCUGAGCUAAUAGCACUACUGUUCUGUGGAAACUACCAGGCCUACAAUAUGAAUUUUGUGUCAUUUAUAUGUCAAAAAAACAUUAAAGAAUCUUUUGUAACUAUU